ACAAAAACAUAUGAUUGCUGGUUUAUAUGUUCAUUUCAAAGGCGAUUGCAUUUGGUUGAUAUUUUAAAAGUGGAAAUAGAUAACAAGUGAAUGAAAUAAUUCGCAAUAGUCGCAAUAGCCAUAGUUACAAGUUUACAUGUCGAAACUUCAUAUAUUUGGACGUUAUCAACUGUGAUGACAUGACCAGACACUAAAUCACACACACACACACACAACUACAAACAAACGAAAAAAAACCUUGUUAUUUGUUUCUGUUUGUUGCCGAAGUGUCAAAUCAUCAAAGAAGAACACUAAUAAUAUAAUUGAUUCAUUGGCAUUUUUGUGCCAGUAAAUAUGAAAAUUGAUUAUGUUUUUUUUGCAGGUAGUUUUAAGUGGCAUGUUCGUAAGUGCAGCUCCAUUUUGUGUUGAUAUAUUUUUUCUACUCAGUGGCACUUUAACCAGUUUAACGAUAUUGAAGCAGCUGAAACGAACGAACGGCAAAUUGAAUUUAGCUUCACUCUAUUUACAUCGGAUUCUGAGGUUAAUUCCAUUGUUAGCUGGAACAAUCUUGUUUAUGGUUUCGUUGCUCCGAUUCUGUGGAAGCGGCCCAGUGUGGUACGAAUCAGACUCAUAUCGAACCGACUGCGAGUCGAAUUGGAGGUCAACAUUGUUACACAUUCAGAAUUAUUUGAAUACAGAUUCAUACAAUCAUAAUAUGUGUAUUGGACAGUCAUGGUACCUAGCCGCCGAUUUUCAUCUAUUUUUAAUCGCUCCAUUCUUCGCUUAUUUGCUACGAAAGUAUGAAUGGAAAAUGGUUCCCGUCAUAGUUGUUUUGCUAGCAUGCGGAGUUUUGUUGUUGGUGUUUUCAUGGCCAUUGAAUAGCACGAAUCCACGUGGAACGCAUUCGCGUGGUCAAUGUCGAUUGUCAUCAUAUUACUGACGAUUUUUGGUCAUUAUCCGUUUCGUCAGCAGGACAUUGACACGUCGCCAAUUCACUUUGUACUGUUCUUAUCGUUUGGCCGAAUAUUAUGGACCGUUGCGAUUGGUUGGAUUCUGUUCGCAUGUCAUUUCGGCUACGGAGGACCAGUCAAUACGGUUCUCUCAAUGCCGCUCUGGAGUCCUCUCUCCAAGCUUACCUACGCCAUUUACAUCACCCAUGAUUUUGUCAUAGAGAUGAUAAUGGCAAGUGGCCGUUUUCCACUAUAUUUCACAAGAGUUUCAAUGUUCUACUCGAUUGUUGGAAACUAUGGUCUCAGUGUGUUGGUUGGUUUGGUGUUCUUCGUCAUGUUUGAGAGUCCUGUCUACGCACUCGAACCACAUAUUAUGAGAAUUCUACUUCCAGCAAAGCGCCAGCCAAAGGAUAAAACAGCCACCUGAGAAAGAACGGAUAACUUUUGAGCUUGAAAACAGUAUUUAGAUUUUUCCUAAAAUUAUGAUUUGAUAGACCGUUAGUUAGAAACAAAUAAA